AUGGCAGCUCAUGCUGAUCGCGUAUUUGUUUUGCCGGGAGACGAGAUCCCCGCAUCCCUCGUACCAUCACAUCCCAAGAAGGCUUUGAAGCUUGGCCCCGGUCUGCGACAUGUGCCGCCGAGUGAGUUGAUACCAACCGUGGCUGGCCAGCUUGUCACGGACCACAGGAAGAACUCGGUUUGGGUCGAAUAUAACGGUGGAAGAUAUAUCCCGGCUGUUGGUGAUUUGGUGAUCUGCACUGUCCAGCGUUCUGGUCCGGACUACUACUACGUCACCAUCACCGACUACACUCCCAACGCCAUUCUCCCUCAGUUGGCCUUUGAGAUGGCCACUAAGAAGACUAGGCCGCAGCUCAACCACGGUGCUUUGGUAUAUGCCAGGGUGUGUCUGGCCAACCGUCAUAUGGACCCUGAGUUGGAAUGUGUCUCGCCUACUACCGGCAAGGCAGAUGGGCUUGGUCCCCUGGUUGGAGGAAUGCUUUACGACAUAUCUCUCGGAAUGUCUCGGCGGCUCCUAAUGAGGAAGUCGGUUGAAGAGGGGAAAGUAGCGGUGCUGGAAGAACUAGGGUCUGCCGGCCUUGCCUUUGAAACGGCUGUUGGCAGAAACGGCAAGCUAUGGGUCAACAGCGAGAGUGUCAAGACCGUUUUGGUAGUCGGACGGGCCGUAAAGGAGACGGACGAUAACAAUCUUAGCGUCGAACAGCAGAAGAAACUCGUCCGAAAACUCGUCAAGGAGAUGAGCUAA